AUGAGCAUGUCCAGGCCUAUUUCGCCACCCAGCAGCUGGACACCACCGACGCGCGGGAACUCUUCAACCUUUUGGAUCAGGACGGCGAUGGCGAGGCGGUCCACGACCGGACGCCACGGCCGUGGGUGUUGGUUUGGGGGGGACCACGGACCACCAUCCUCCUCCCUUUGUUGGAAGAGGAAGGUUUGGAAUGAAGCGUUUUGA